CGAGUGUGAUGAGAUCGAGUCGAAUCUGAGGGACGUUUUCAUAAUCAAACGAACAAAAGAUUUAGUAUAUAAACAUCUUCAACCGUUUAAAAAUGACUGAAAAGGCUGGAGACGAAAUGAUGGUCAAUGAUGUUCCAGGCUUCACGAGUGUAAACGAUUUUGCUCAGAAAGCCCUUGGCAAGCUAAAGGUAGCCACCAGAACUGCGAAUGAACUACCUUCUGCCGGUGAUGACUACGACUUCUACUCCAGUUAUGAAGGAUUCAGGCAGUUCUGCAAUUCGCAUGGAGACAAACUCCUGGAAAGUAUCCAGAGGUUAGCAGGACAGCAAGGAGCUGGUGGAAGUCAAGUUGGUCUCAGCAGAAUCUUAGAGCUUGAGGAUCGAGUAGACUCUCUUAUUGAGACCAAUGAUACACUUCUUGAAAGUGCGGGUGCGUUGUUGGAUGAAGCAGAAGGCAUCAGCAAGCCGGCCCAGACUUUCUCACCUGGCGUGUCUAAGCCGCAACUCAUUGUCACCAGCUGGAAUAAAAAGAAAUCAGAAGCCAAGGACCAGAAGUCUAGGAACUUCCGUUUGAUGCAUGCAAGGAACAUUGCCAGACCUCAGCUCAAGUUUAAAGACAAGGUUGAUAACUCCAACAGACAAUUUGUCCCUAUCAUCAAAAGCAAGCCCAAUGCAAUCAAACCACUUCAAGAAGUGUUUGAUACUUUGAAGAAGUCAUCUUUGACAGAAACCGAUUCAUCGACUCCUCCCAAACGGGACAGUGAAACCCAGACUGACGAGUACCCCCAUCCCUACCAGUAUGAGCUGGAUCACUUUGAACCCCACCCAUCUCAGCUGGAACUGGUAGACAACCCAAGUUAUGCCCCCAUGGAGGCCACGCCCUUCACUCUAGUAGACAGUGUCAAGAAGCUAAAGGAGCUGAGUCAGAGUCUUAAAAAUUCCAAAGAGAUCGCUGUUGAUUUAGAGCAUCAUUCUUACAGGUCUUAUCUCGGCUUCACGUGUCUGAUGCAAAUAUCUACAGCUGAUCAAGACUAUGUAGUGGACACUCUAGAGCUGCGGAGUGAUCUCCAGAUGCUGAAUGAUGCCUUUACUGAUCCAAAGAUUGUCAAGGUCUUCCAUGGGGCUAACAUGGACAUUGACUGGUUACAGAGAGAUCUAGGUCUGUACAUCGUCAACAUGUUUGACACUCAUCAGGCUUCGAGAUCACUAGGCUUCCCUCACCACAGUCUGGCUAGUCUACUCUCAAGGUACUGCCAGGUCGAGGCCGAUAAACAGUACCAAUUAGCAGACUGGAGAAUAAGGCCUAUUCCAGAAGAGAUGCUUCACUAUGCACGAGAAGACACACAUUACUUGCUGUACAUCUACCACAUGAUGAAGAAUGAACUGAUAAAACGAGGCAAUGAUCAGAAGAAUCUUCUCAGGGCUGUCAUUGACCAGAGCAAGAGAAUAUGUAUGCAGCGUUACAUCAAGCCAAUCUUCACAGACUCUUCACAUGUAAUAGCAUUCAACAAGAAUAGAAAGACCUUCAAUAAAAAACAGAUGCAUGCGUUCAAGAAAUUGUUUGGAUGGAGGGACAGCAUAGCCAGGCAGGAGGAUGAGAGCACAGGAUACGUUCUUCCAACACACAUGAUGUUCCAGAUAGCCGAGAUACUUCCAAAAGACCAAGGUGGAAUCCUAGCUUGUUGUAACCCAGUUCCUCCGUUGGUGAAGCAGAACAUCAAUGAGAUACAUCACUUCAUCUUAGAAGCUAGAGGUUUCCAGGCCAACAAGACAGGGAAGGUUAAAAAGGAGGAGGUGUUUGCUUCCAAAACCAAUACCUUCUCCGCCCCUCUGAUCGACCCCCUGGAGAGCCUGCUCUACUGCCCUCAUGACCAUAACAUGCACCAAGAAGGUCAAAGGUCAACCAAUGACCUCUCCGGAUCAUCAGCUACAAGUGCCUCAUCAUCCAGUCUUUUUGGUGGCGCCACGCCCACCCAGCCAAAGGUAUCGGUUGCCACGCCCAUCAUCACAAUCUUUGACACGCCCUCCAGUGACACUCAACAGCUGGAUGCAAAGAGGAGCGAAGCACAGAAGAAGGUGCAGCGGUUAAAGGCCUUGUUUGCCAAUCCAUUUGAAAUGUAUCUACCCUCCGAAAAGGUGAGGCAGAUUUCCAAAGAAUUUUUGGAUGCAGACAAGAUCACCAUGGAUGGCAAGACGUCUCAACCGAAGGAGAGCACAACCUUCCAGCCUCUGUCUGUCUGGAUAAUGAAGAAGGCCACACCCAAACCCGUCCCAGAGAAAGAGCUUCCAACCGAUCCCGGAACCUAUGAAACUCCCAUCGUCUUCAACCCAGAUGCUGCCAAGAAGAAGUUGAUGGAGGAGAAAAAGAAAGAGGAGGCAGAAGAUGAAACAGUCCCUGUUAGACAAAUGGUUGAUAAGUCUGCCAAGAAGCGGAAGCAUUCAUCCAAUCCCAGCGGAGAGACCCCAAGACCAAAGAAAGAUAGAAGGGGAGAGCACGCCGAGAGGAGAAGCAUGGGAGAUCAUCGUCAUGGUAACCAAGAUGGAAACGAGACGGAGGAGAGGGUCAUAGAGCCGUUUGAUUACAGCAAAGUAGAUUACAACAUGUUUCAAGAAUCCCAGCAUUCCAGAGGAAGAGGAAGAGGACACCGAGGUCAUGAUAGAGGUCAAAGAGGUCAUAGAGGUCAUUCAAAGGGUCAUCCCCGCCCAAAGGUUCACCAGGAUGGAGGUCGAAGCAUGACUUACACUAAACACCAUGGCAACCGAGGUGGUGGAAACAGAGGUCCGAGGGGUCACUGGCCAAGAAAUCAAAGGAGAUAGCUGCUUGACCAGUCAGUAGGGUCCCUCAAUCCGACAAAUAGAAACUGGACCAUGGGACCAGUGCAGCCUAUUAUGAUCAAGAAAAUAAAGGAGGUAGCCGUUUGACUGGUCAGGUUCCUAAAUCUGACCAUUUGAAACUGGACAUGAGACCAUGCAACCAGUCUGACUUCUCUUGGUCAAGAAAUCAGGGGUGUGAGAGUUACGAUAUUUAGCUGAUUUCAGAUUUUUUUGUUUUUAAUUUUCAGCCUAAUUUCAGCUUAUUUUGGCUUCCCCCUGUACAAAAUGUAUGGGAGCUCUUUCUAUUUCAGACUUUUUCAGCCCUCUUCAUCUUUUUUUUCAGAUCUUUUUAUUUGUGACCACUCACAGCCCUGAGAAAUGAAAGGAGAUACACACCGCAGCUUGAAGGGUCAGUAUUUGACCACUUGAAUAAAAGACAUAAGACCAUUGACCAGUGGUGCCUCUUUUGGUCAAGAAAUCUGUAGAGAUAAGACUUGGUAAUGUUUAUAACUUAGGCAUUUUGAUUAAGCUCCAGAGUUUUAGCAGGCAGAGUGAUAGUGAAUGCCUCCACCCAUUUAGGCGGUGCCAGAGACAUUAAUUUUUGUCAAAUUUCUGUUUCGACAUGUGUGCCAUCCACAGGCAAAUUCAAUUGCGGUGAUGUCAACAUGAACUAUAUAUGAAACAACCAUGGAUUCAUAUUCUUGAUUACUGCAUAAUUUAUAUCUUUCUUUGUUAAAAAUACUCCAUUUUUCAAACGAUUACUUACAGUCUGUACUCAUCUUUUGCAGAAAGGGUAGAAUACCUCUUCCCCUCACAAAACAAAGGUUUUAUUUUCUACUCCUAAGUCGGGAAACGGGGUAUUGCCUUGUGGUUGAUAGAGGGAAAACCAUGUAUGUUCUCAUAAAAAAGGAUGUGAUUUACUUUUCGAGUUACAGAGUUUCUAGCCCUUAGACUAAGAGUUAUUGAAUUAGUGUAACAUGGAUGAUCAAAGAUGACUGCCAAGAUAAUCUCAAAGUUUGGUUCACCAAUGACAAUAUUUCUUUCCACCAAUUGCAUGAAUGCUGGUCUAUUCCUCCCUCUUCUCUCAUUCAUUACUCUAUUUACACAACAAUAGUUGAAUGUUUUAUGCGUACAUAGAUGUUAUUGAAUUUCAUUUUUUUAUCCCAAAGAAUAUACCCAAGUUUUAUGUAUGAUAUCUUGGGUCUAUUGAAAUGUGUUCCACUUAUAAGUUUGUGAACAAUGCAUACAUCAGUACUAGUUCUUUGCAUGUUAUGGUCUUAAAAGAACUUUGACUUGACACAAGAAGGUCUGCUGCAUGUAUGUAGACUUUAAAUGUGGACCUUGCCAUAAAAUUUACAAGUGGUAGUGCCUUCAAUAGCUUGACUCUGUUAAUGCUUGAAAUACAUACUGUACAUUGCCCUUUUUUCUCACUCUACUGCACAUGUAUAUGACAGUGAUAUUUUCUUAGACAAUGAUUAUUUUAUUGGACUUUUUGAGUUGAAAUAUUAGACAUCUCAUGCUUUUACUUAUUCAAGACCUGACCAAAAUCAAUAUGUAUGUAUAACCUUUUCAUUUAACCAGGUCUUAGUAUCUUAUACAAAAAUUAUGUUGCUCCCAGAAAUUUUAUUGGCACUGUCCUCCCCCCCCCCCCCCGCCCUAGCUCAUCAUGUUUUACUCUUUUGAGUUCAUCAUCAUAAUGUUUGUGAAGUGUGUUGAUGCCUUUGGGCUUUUAACCAUAGUAGAAUAUUUUGGGUUUUCAAAUGACAAAGGUUUCAUUGUCACCAAUAUAUCACAUUUUGAUAGAAACUGAAUGAGAAUUGAAAGUUACCCACACUACAGUUAUUGGACUGGGAGUUCAAAACACACAAUAUGUCCAUGCUUGUUUGAACUGUAAUCCUCCAUUCAUAUAGGAAGUCUGAAACUUUGAAUAUCUGUAAAAUAGUAAUGAAACUAACAGAUGACAGGUAAAAGCUACACGUCGUUGAGAAUACUAGAAAACAAUUCAGUUAAUUUGACAUUUAAAAAAAAACUCCAACAGAGCUUUAAAAUUUGCUGAAUUAUUUUUUUUUUUUUUUUUAGUCUCCCUUUUUAAUGAUUCUCAUGCAUUUUCUCAUAAAGUUUAUGGAUGAAGCAAUUAUACAAACACAUGCUAAUUUUACACAA